AAUCUGCAAUAUUCGUUACGUUAAAUACACAUACAAUAUUAUGCAGAAACGAAAAAUGGUUUAUACUGUAAUGACUAAUGAAUAUACAAUAAGUGGUUUUUUUUAAACGUACACGUAAAAGUGAGAACGAAGCCAAUUCACGCAGAACUGGCAUUUAAAUCGCGCCUUCGAAGAACGGUUACACAUUCUGUAAUCACCUAACUUGUGAGUAGCCACCAUCGUUUUGUUUAUUCGUGUUAUAAAAUAAUCUACACGCAGAAAAUGUGGGUAGAGCAACAGAAUUAUACGCACUGCGGCAAGGUGUGUUGCCGGUACAAAAAACACCUGCGAACAACCGGCUAGCUGCUUCGCGUAAAACCUGACAAGCCGGCCGCUGAAUCAGCGGACUGACGCGCUUCGCUCUGCCUCAUGCAAGGUGCCACCGCGGCCGGCACAAUACGCCGACAACCUGUUCGGCAGCGUUUUCUCCUUAACACUAAUCAGAAUCAUACGGAAAGAAUGCAAAUAACGUCAGCCGCAAUAUGAGUGAGAGACGCCGCCUCGGUUUUACAGCGUACGUUAAGUAUAAUAUUCCAGCCAGCGGCCGUAUAAGUAAAAGCGUUAUAUAUAAAUGUACAGGCGCACAGCAAAGCCCGCUCAUUUCUGUUAUUAAGCGCGAUACGCGAUGCACGAGAUUUAUAAAGCACAUUAUAAUCUACAGAUAAUUAUGUUUAAUGGGGUGCUUUUUUUCUUGCAAUAACUUAUAAUUAAAAAAUGGCUCAACUAGCGGUAUUAACCGUGUGUAUAUUAUUGGCGACUCUGCUCCUUUUUUAUCCCGAAGAAGUCGACAGCCGCGGCAGCAGUGGGCGUGGCGGAGGCGGACGCAGCAGCAGCAGCGGGCGCAGUAGCGGCCGCUCCUCCUCUUCCCGCUCCAGCUGGGGCAGCAGCAGCCGCUCCGGGUCUUCCCGUUCCUCCUGGUCCAGUUCCUCCUCCUCCUCCCGUUCUUCCUGGAGCUCCCCUUCCAGCUCCCGCUCGUCCUGGAGCUCCCCGUCCAGUUCCCGCUCCUCCUGGAGCUCCUCCCCCUCCAGCUCCCAUUCCUCCCGGUGGGGCAGCUCCAGCCCGUCCGGCUCCAGCUCCCGCUCCUCCUGGUCCAGCCCCGCCUCCUCCCGGUGGUCCUCCCCGUCCAGUUGGUCCUCCCACUCUUCCUCAUCCUCGCGGUGGGGCAGUUCCGAUCCCAGCGGCUCCGUCCGCGCCGGCGUUCCCGAUUAUUCAGCCGCCGGGCGGUCGGCGGUCCGCAGCGCCGUCAACCGCCCGACGGUGGCGGUCCGCUCGGCGCCCUUCCGCCCGGUGGCGGUGGUAACCAACCCCGGGUUGACGGUGAUCAACUACCGGGCACCCGGGUACUUUGUAUCCGACAACGGGUUCUUCAACGGCUACCUCCUGGGGCGGAUGAUGUCCGGCAGCAGUCACCACUACUACUACUACAACUCCUACGUCCCGUACCGCUACAACUACCGGCCGUAUGAUUAUACCUCGACGACCGCGCCCCCGGCGGCGGUCGUCAUCAGCAGCAACGCCAGCGGGUCCUGGGUCUUCAGUCCUUCCGGGUCCACGUCCCCGCCGCUGCGGACGAAGAACAUGUGCACCCUGGCGCGCUGGAACAUGGAGCUCCCGUUCAGCGAGCUGCCCAACAUGGCGCUGCAGUUCCUCUUGAACGACACCGUGUCCGGCGCGACGGUCACCGAGAAAUCCGGCUUCCUCCUCGAGCUGUUGAACUCCUCGUUGGCGUCGUACGGGGAUCUACCGGUGUCGGCGGACACGUUCCAGCUGGACGCCAACGCCAACCUCGGCGAAUGCGGCUUCCGUCCCCCCAACGCCCGCGGGCGGUACGCGCAGAAACCGGGCAACGCGGUUAAUCAGAGCAGCACGACGGUGUGUAGUGAUUCGCAAAACCACCAGAAUGGUGUGCGAUCGGUGUCGGCAAGCCACUGCAUCGGGACCGGUUCGUCUUUAAUCGCGCCGGAAGCGGAAACGGAGCCGUUUGUUCUUAGUAUCAACAAUCUGCUGGCGAAAUACAGCAACAAAAGCGACAGCCUUGACCUUUUAACCGAUUUGAUCAGUUCGGUGAAAGCGUGUUACGUCGAACCGGAGCGCGUACACAACUUCCCGGCAUCACUCUUCCCCUGUCUGGACUUCUCCGUGGACUCCACCCAGAUCUCCGCCCUCACCAACGAGGACUCCAUGUUCGGCAACGAGGACCUCUGCCAGAAGCAUUUGAACCCGGAUGUGGCUGGCUGUCUCGAGGGAAUUCCGGCGCAGUUGCCGGCCAAGGCAACGUGCCGUCUUAACGACCUGACGAAUCUGCUGGUGUUCGCCCGGCAUUUCUACUUGUGCGCCGCACCCGUCGGCACCCGAUUGUUGGAUUAUGCAUUGAACCAAGUGACGACACCGGCACCGCCCGCGGCCGCUCCGUUCGUCCCACUCAUCAUCGACUCUUCCGAUCACGAAAGGAUCUCCGCCUACCGCUCGGCUGCCUCGUUCGUCGCCGGCGCGGGCGUUGGAUUGACUUCCCUGGGACUGACACUGUUUAUGGCCGUCCUCGCCUACUGAAUCAAUCGUGUGCGAUUCCUUCCGGCCGAACAAGAGCGCAAAAAUGCCGGCGCAUAAAUAAUUUCUUUAGUAAAAAAAAUCUUUUUUAUUCUUCAAUACACCCGUUGUUUUUCCCUUGCCGGACUGAAUGACAGUAUUAUGCCCGUUGAAUUCAUGUUGUUUGCUGUUUAUCCAU